GCUGUUAACCCGGAAGUGUGUGUUAUCCGGAGGUUCCAGUGUUGUGACAGCGCCGCUGUGUGUUAUUUUAGUUCCGUAAUUUCACUGGAACUCUCUGAUGUGCGGUUUUAUUCUAAAUUAAAACUGUGUUAGUGAAUGUUUAAUUUCCGGUAUAUUUCCGGUAUGGCGGCGGAGUUUAUAGUAAAGCUGUAUGAAUAUUCUCCACUUUUUUACAUCAGUGUGAUAGCAGUGUGUUUCAUCCUGACUGUGGCUGCAGUGUUGGGCUGGUUUGGCUUUGAUGUGCCGGUGAUUGUGAGAAGUUCAGAUGAAGGUGAUUCUCUUCCUCCUGCUCCAGAGAAGAAGAUGGUUCAGGUUCCCAAUCCGUUCUCUCUGGAGAUCAACACAAACACCACACUGGGAUCAGUAACGGAUGGUGUAUGUCUGCAGCCAUAUUGUUUAGAGGAGUGUGUGUUGAGUUGUUAUUGGGGCUGCAGUGUUCAGGCUCUACAGUUUGCCCUGCAGGAACACCGCUACACACGAAGACUGAACACAGCGCAUUUAUUCCAACAGGCUUUACAGGGGCAGUACCUGCACUGCCACACCUUCAUCAUGGGUAAAGGUCAGAGGUCGGAGUGCAUCACUCAGAUGCCUUCAGAUCUCGGAGUAACAGAUUUCGGCUUCCUCCCAAGAGAUCGCUAUCCGCUAGUCGCUGUUCUCACCUUAGCUAAGGUGGAGGACAGAGAUGUCUACGACAUUGUGGUGAGUGUUACAGUUCUCCACGUUCCUGAUGAUAAGUACCGGCUCUCUGCGAGGAUCCUGUUCCACGUCCUGCUCACUGCUGAUGGAAACAUGUUCGAUCUAAAGCCACUCUUCAUGUCCACUGACGGCACAAGCCCCACCCCUACGGAGGAAGAGGUAAAGCCACAUGAAGAAGAACCAAAGGAUGAAGAGGUGGAGUCGGAUACAGAGGGGGCGUGGCCAGGAACUGUAGGGCGGGACUGUGUGGUGUGUCAGAAUGCGGCAGUGAACCGUGUGUUGUUACCGUGUCGUCAUGCGUGUGUGUGUGACGAGUGUGUGUGGAGGUUUCAGCAUUGCCCCAUGUGCCGAGCCUUCGUCUGCGAGUCCUUCACCCUGUCUCCGCCCACAACCACUCCCCCUGUCCCGAGGGGCGGGGCUUAUAACACAGACAUGCACAGCACUGCUUUUUAAUGAUUGUUAUUUUAAACAGUAAUGAUUUCGAAACCCUUUUGGAGGAACUAAAGUAGCAGGAACUUUUCAUUUUACUUCAUCAUCUGAAUCUGAUGUUAUUCCGAACACACUCCUGUGUAAAUAAAAUUACACUGAAAUUCAAUUCAUACCACAAACAUGUCACUGUGAUCAGCCCACUGUGGGCGUGUCCCAGACCACACCCCCUUUUCACCAUAAUGCAGUGCACUAUGGGUAGUAUGUAGACAUAGUUUGGUCACUGACCUGCUGCAGUGCAUUAUGGGAUGUGCAGUAGAUUUCCUCCACUGUGUAUAAAACAUUAAAGCUAGUGCACUAUGUAGUGAACACGAUGGAGUUUAGGACAAACGCUGUAAUAUUGUGUACAUAAAUAUUAUUUUAUAUAUUUAUUAGUCUACUAAUAAACUUUAAACUGAUGUUUAAAGUCAUCAGUGUUUAAAUAAAGUGUCACUCAGAGGAGUGUUACUUUAAAAUAAUCUAAAUAAAAGUGAAACGUGCUGAAAAAUCAAAACUGUUGAUUUUAUUUGCUAUAAUUGUGGAUUUAAUAAAUAAAUCACAGAGGACUGGA